CAUCACGCAAACUACAUUCUUUAUUCACGCCAUGAACAUUGCUUCUUUUCGUUCUAGCCAUCAGGCUGCGAGACUCUUGACUAGCCUGACGCGCUCGGGUCAGGGCCGAGGACGUAUUGCUGCCUACUCCACGGCUGCUCCACAUUCAGUCGAAAAAUCUUUUCAAAACCAGUCCAGGGUGCCUCGUCUGCCCAUUCCUUCCUUGGCAGAGACAGCAGCACGCUACAAGAGGAGUCUUAUCCCCAUUCUCGGUGAGGCAGAGCUAGCGAGAGCAGAGAAAGCUGUGGACGAGUUUGUGAAGCCAGACGGACUAGGCGAAAUUUUGCAGGGGCGACUCCGCACAUUGGACAAGACAGAGAAGCAUUCAUGGCUCGAGACCAUCUGGCUGAAUAAGGGAUAUCUUGAAUGGCGAGAGCCUUCCAUGAUUAAUGUCAAUUGGUGGGCCCAGUUCAAGGAUUCGCCUUCAUUCAACUUGGAAAAAAAUCCAGCACGUGGUGUGGUUUCGGAUGUACAGAUCCAACGCGCAGCCAAUUAUGCUAGUUCGUUGCUCACAUUCAAUGAUCAUGUCAAUAAUCAGACUUUGCCGCCCGAGUACCAGCGUACUGCACCACUCUGCAUGAACCAGUACAAGAAUCAGUUUGAGGCUUAUCGUGUCGCAGACUUGCCUAGAGACAGGAUUGUCACGACUUGGCCAACGACUUCCGAUUACAUUGCUGUCAUGAUGAGAGAUCAGAUUUUCAGGGUGCCCGUUAUCGGCCACAAUGGUGAACGUGUCUCUAUUCAAGCAAUUGAGCAGCAGCUUAAACACGUGGUUGAAGCGGUCAACAACUUGCCGGAAAAGGAGAAGCAACCUGCUAUUGGGGUGUUAACAUCAGAGAACAGAGAUACCUGGGCGAAGGCUCGGCAUACUCUCUUGGGUCUUUCGCCCCAGAACCAUGCUUCUUUGAGCGUGAUCGAUCACGCAUUGUUUGUAAUUUGUUUAGACGACUACAGCUCAGACAGAGACAUUGAUGUGUCACACCACAAUAUCUUCCAUGCUGGAAAUGCCCACAACCGGUGGUUCGACAAGUCAAUGCAAUUCAUUUUCGAGAGCAAUGGCCGCGCUGGCAUCAAUGGAGAGCAUACUCCGGCUGAUGCAGUCAUCCCUGGACGCAUUUUGGAUGAGCUUGUCAAAAAUGAAAAGAAUGCUGAGCCCAAGAAUCCUUCAAAUAUCCGGCUCGCUCCAAUUGAGCAUAUCAAAUUUGUAGUUAAUGGUGAGAUCGAGGCUACCAUUAAGCAAGCAGAAGUUAAUGCCAAGAAAAUGAUUGACAAUGUUGACAGCUGCUUGAUUCAUUUUGGAGAGUAUGGUUCCAACUGGCUAAAGAGUGUCAAGUGUUCGCCCGACGCAUUUGUGCAGAUGGCACUUCAGCUGGCUUACUAUCGCCACUAUGGCACGUGGACCCCCACAUAUGAGUCCGCAUCGACACGCUUGUUUUUGGGUGGUCGUACAGAGACUGUGCGCUCGUGUUCUGUGGAGAGUGUCGCUUUUGUGAAGGGAUACGAGAGCAAGAACACUGAUACCACGGAGAAGCAACGCCUUUUGCAAAAGGCUAUUCAAUCGCAUCUUGAAUACAUGAUGGCGGCCUCGGCAGGCAAGGGUGUUGACCGCCACUUACUGGGUCUUCGCUCAAUGAUGCAAACCCCUGAGGAACAGAAGCAGGCUUUAAUAUUCCAAGAUCCUUCAUACAUCCAAUCCAUGUACUUUAGAAUAUCUUCGUCCAACAUGUCUCCUGGUGACAACUUUUGGGGAGGAUUCGGACCAGUGGUCCCUGAAGGAUACGGGAUUAACUAUGCGAUUGGCAAGGAAAACAUCAAGUUCUCAAUUUCGAGCCUGAAGAGCUGCAAGGAGACCAACUCGCGAGAGUUCAGAGAGACAAUCCUAAGUGCUUUGAAGGAUAUGAAGAAGACUCUAGUAUAA